AUGCCGUACCGCGUUGCGCUCGCCUUCCAUGGCAAGCUUGGCGGGUGGGACAAGGCGACACCGGGCGCGACCACGACCGAUGAGGUAUUCAACCUGUCCGUGACGUGCUGGCAAGAGAACGUGCUGCAGCGCGUGGCGCCCGGUGUGAAGCUGACGGUUUUCUUGCACUCGUGGGAGGUGAGAUGGGAAGGGCGCCUUCGCGCCGCGCUGCGCCCGACUCGCUUGCGAAUCGAGCCACAGAUCAUGUUUCGCCCCCCCUCUCAGCUGGCGACCCGCUCGUUUUGGUAUGGGCGUAGAGCGGCAGUUCAGCUUGCACGCGACUACGAGGAGGAGCAUAAUUGGGCGUUUGACCUCGUUCACACGGCGCGACUCGACUCGUGCGCAUGCUCGCCGUUAGGCUACGGGCCGCACCUUCUCCCACCACCAGUGGAGCUGGCUGGACCGGGCGACGUAACGUAUGUCGGACCAAAGGUCGCGGGAGAACCACGUGCUGUCACGUGGGCUGGUAAGCAUGGCACCACGUUUCUCAAAGGGGCAAUGAGCGCAAGCGACUUCUUUCUGAUGGGCAAAUCGACCGCAAUCAUACGAAUGGGCACGUGGAUUUUGGAGAACCUCGGCACGGAGCGGGCUCGGUGCCCGACAAUCUGUUCUGAUAAUCACAAGGUCGUUGGCGCAGCCUGGAAGCAUCUCUAUAACUUGAGCACAUGGAGUGUGGACGCGCGUGUGAUGCUUUCGCCGUGGCUUCAGGCCGCAACUCUGCAAACGCGGCGAGCCAUGCCCAUGUGUCGCGGCCUCACUGAUCCGAGUGCGGCUCGCGCAUGUGCGCUCACGUACGGGCUCGCAAACGCGAAGUGCUCCGUUUUGGGGAGUGGUCGUCGGGAGCUGCAAGGCAGCAGUGUGGCUGCGUUGCGGUCGUACUUCAACAUCACAGGGCAGGCGCCACCAGUACAGCUUUGA